GACUUGGGCGUGGCAUGAGUCCUGGGGGGCGGGGCAUGAAAAUUGGGUGACUGUGAUUGACAGGAUCUGAUUUCUAAAAACAUGUCUUGGUAAUGUUUAAUCAUGGAUUUAGAGUCUUUGGUUGGAUGUGGCUGACAAGAAAAAGAGUUCAGGGGAAAAAAAUCCAUGACGUCACCCACUGGCAGCGGCGUGACGUCGUCCUGGGGAAGCCGGGCUGGCUGCAGCUCGUUUCCGCCCGGAGGGGGAGGAGCUUGCGGGAACGAUGCGUCCUUUCCAAUGCUUGUGGAAGCCCUCCCUGACGUCCUUCGUUGGGAGCGGCGCUUCCGGGACUGCGGUGACGCAGCGCCAUCCUCGGACCAAAGGGAGCUGAUCGGCACCAGUUUGCCGGUCGGACCCCACAUGAGAUCCCUGCGCUCCAUGGGGGAAUGGCGGAGUGUCUCGGCUUCCAUGGCGCGCAGGACCUCCCACGUUACCUCGUCAAAAUUGUCCCAUUUUUUUGCGGGAGAGCUCUCGUGCUGGCGACAUCUGUCAAGACUUGGUCUUUGGCGUGGUUUGCUCUCCCGUGGUGCAAAAGAAAUGGAACGGACGUGGCGUGCAGGGUAUGCCAAGAGGACCACAUUCGUGAAGCAGGGAACGGAUGUGCUCUUCGAAGUGAACAAAGCAGUUGAAUUGACAAAGGAACACGACGAAUUAAGAUGGAUGUUCAAUAUUAGUAACUCCAUAUUGAGAUUUGAAGAAGGAAGUAUCAAAACAUAUGACGCCUACGUGACAAAAAUUCAUAUUCGAGGGAAUUUUUCGUUCCUUUUAAAAAAUGUUCAACUGUCUGACAGUGGACAUUACGCUGCAGUGCUGGAAGGUGGUGAAGUUAAGGCAGAGUACGACGUUCAAGUGGAAGCUCCAGUGUCAUCCGUCCAGCUCAUGGUGACGUCGAUGUCCGCCAUUAACGACCUGUGUAACAUCAGUGUGAAUUGCACAGAAGGCCGCGAGUCCAUCGAAAGCACUUUCGAUUGCGAGCGUGACAACUGCAUCGAGGCGGCAGGGCCCUCUUCGCACAACACAACCUCCGCUGUGCAUCUCCAGGUCUUCUUCUCCGAUGUCUCCAUCGUCUGCAAUAACAGCAACAACUCGAGCUGGGCCAUGACAGCAGUGGAGGUUCGUGACGUGUGCACUCAAAGUAGAGCCACAGCACCUUACAAAAGCCCAUACUGGAUCUGGAUACUUCUCGGUGUUAUUGGUGGACUAGGAGGACUUGGCUGUGUUUUUUACAAGUUUAUUACUUCAAGAAAUCGAAUGGACCCCGUAUCGACCGAAUAUGCAGACUUGCGCGAAAGAAACCAUGAAACUAUUCCGAAUGCUAAUCACCUCAAUGAUAGUGGCCUGGGUCUUUCUGCAAAAGGCACAUAUGCCCUGGUAGGAUUUCCAACGGCUCCGCCGGAACCCCCUACGGCUGACAACACCUCCCCAAAGUCUAUCUAUGCUCAAGUCAUGAAAGUAAUCUGCAGUGGCGUGCGGUGAGGUUAAUGUCUGGUGAGGCACGACUGCAUCAUCACAGUCAGAUUUACAAACAUAUGAACCUGCAGUGCAGGUGUACCUAAUGUUGUGUCCCUGCGGUCGUUCGCGGCUCCUGCAGCGCGACUCGCGAGCAUUGUUGUUUUUGCACUUUUUGGCUUCUUGUUAAGUGACUUUUUUUGGGUGGAUUCGGUCUUGCACGUGGAGGGUUUGGGUGUGGGCUUUGGUUGGUGUGGCGCUCCCGUCGGGCGGUGCAUUCUGCGGCGGGGUGCAUUAGCCGGCACCAGGAGGCGGGGUUAUGAGACGAGCCUCACACAGUGUGUCUCCGCAGCAGUUUUAUGAAUGCUCAGCACUAAAAAUAUGUUACACACAUACAGUUGUUGACAAAAUACACUGCACAUUAUAUACCUCAGCUAACUAAACUAUGGAAAUGUAUAAUAUAAUUCAUAUAGCAAUACGGUCUCACUGCACAGCAGACCAGCAGUUAGCCGAGUCGCAAUCCAUGGUGAGGCACAAAUCAGUGACGUGCCUCAACUGGCUGCUGAUCACCGCACCGUCUCUUCUCAGUAUUUGAACGGCAAAUGUGAAAAUAAAAAUAAAAAUAAUCUAAAACUGGUGAAGUUAAAUGGAAAAUAACUUUAGUGCAGCCGGGCCGGAGCAGG